AUGAUUUAUUUUUUAAAAGUACGAAGAAGCUUCCGAACACUAGUAAUUCUUUUAGCCACGUUCUGCCUUGUAAGUAUAGCAAUUUCAGCUUACUAUCUGUAUUCUGGUCAUAAACAGGCAAUAGUACUUUUUGAAACCACAGUACAAGCUGAAUGUGGGGACUUAAAUGUGCUACCAUAUAGAACAAUUGAAAUGAAGACAGCUAAGCCUGUUGGUGCUACUCGAACAGAUCUGACUGUGUUAGUUUUUGUAGAAAGUCAAUACUCCCAACUUGGACAGGAUAUUGUAGCAAUCCUGGAGUCCAGUAGGUUUCCAUAUCAUGUAGUGAUUGCACCUGGAAAGGGAGACAUUCCACCUCUUACAAAGGAAGGCAAAGGAAGAUAUUCAAUUAUUGUGUAUGAAAACAUUUUAAAGUACGUAGCCAUGGACUCAUGGAAUCGUGAGCUGUUGGAAAAAUACUGUGUUGAGUAUAGUGUGAGCAUCAUUGGUUUUCACAAAGCCAACGAAAACUGCUUGCCAACUACCAAGCUGAAAGGUUUUCCUUUAUUGCUUUUUAAUAAUGUUGCUUUAAAAGACUGUUUUGUGAACCCAAAUUCUCCUCUGCUACAUGUAACAAAAGCCUCAGCAAUUGAGAAAGGUCAGCUGCAUGGAGAAGACUGGACAAUAUUCCAGUACAACCAUUCAACAUAUCAGCCAGUGGUUUUAGCUGAAUUACAGAGUUAUAAGAAAGAUUUACACAUUCUCUCCAGAUCCCUUCAUGCCACAGUCAUACAGGAUCUUGGUCUUCAUGAUGGAAUUCAACGGGUUCUAUUUGGAAACAACUUGAAUUUUUGGUUGCACAAGUUAAUUUUUAUAGAUGCUAUUUCUUUUUUGUCUGGGAAGAAACUCAGCUUGUCCUUGGACAGAUAUAUCCUUGUCGACAUAGAUGAUAUAUUUGUGGGGAAGGAAGGUACUAGAAUGAAUGUAAACGAUGUAAAGGCUUUGCUAGCAACACAGCGAUUAUUGAGAACUCAGGUCGCAAAUUUUACUUUCAAUCUUGGAUUUUCAGGGAAGUUUUAUCAUACAGGGGCGCUUAAAGAGGAUAAAGGAGAUGAUCUUUUAUUGGCAUCAGUUGAUGAGUUUUGGUGGUUUCCUCAUAUGUGGAGUCAUAUGCAGCCCCAUCUCUUCCAUAAUGAAUCAUCGCUGGUGGAACAAAUGAUUCUGAACAAAGAGUUUGCACAGGAACAUGGCAUCCCUACAUACAUGGGUUAUGCAGUGGCACCGCAUCAUUCAGGUGUCUAUCCUGUUCAUCUGCAACUAUAUGAAGCUUGGAAGAAGGUUUGGGGGAUUAAAGUUACAAGCACAGAAGAAUAUCCUCAUUUAAAGCCUGCACGGUACAGACGGGGCUUUAUACACAAUGGUAUAAUGGUCUUGCCUCGCCAAACCUGUGGUUUAUUUACACAUACAAUUUUUUACAAGGAAUAUCCUGGUGGACCAAGUGAACUAGAUAAAAGUAUUAGAGGUGGAGAACUCUUCUUAACAGUUCUUUUAAACCCUAUCAGCAUUUUCAUGACACAUUUGUCUAAUUAUGGGAAUGACCGCCUUGGAUUAUACACAUUUGUUAACCUGGCCAAUUUUGUACAGACCUGGACCAAUCUAAAGCUGCAAACGCUGCCUCCACUGCAGCUGGCUCGCAAAUAUUUUGAGCUUUUUCCAGAACAAAAGGAUCCUAUCUGGCAGAACCCAUGUGAUGACAGGAGACACAGAGACAUAUGGUCUAGAGUUAAAACCUGCGAUCGUCUCCCAAAAUUCCUUGUAAUAGGACCCCAAAAAACAGGCACUACAGCACUUUACUUAUUCCUUCUAAUGCAUCCUUACAUCAUAAGCAAUUUUCCUAACCUAAAGACCUCUGAGGAAGUGCAAUUCUUCAAUGGAAACAACUAUCACAAGGGAAUUGAUUGGUACAUGGAUUUUUUUCCUCAUCCUUCAAACACAACUUCUGAUUUCCUGUUUGAGAAGAGUGCAAAUUAUUUUCAUUCAGAAGAAGUGCCGAAAAGAGUAGCAGCACUCAUCCCAAAAGCGAAAAUCAUCACCAUUCUUAUUGAUCCUUCGGAUCGGGCAUACUCUUGGUACCAGCAUCAAAGAUCUCAUGAAGAUCCUGCUGCUCUACGAUUUAGCUUCUAUGAAGUUAUUACUGCUGAUCAUUCAGCCUCCUCAGAAGUACAAAGCCUAAAGAGAAGAUGUCUGUUGCCUGGAUGUUACGCGACUCAUAUAGAACGAUGGCUAAUUUAUUUUCCAGCAUCACAGUUGCUAAUUAUUGAUGGGCAACAUUUGAAAAGUGACCCAGCAAGUAUAAUGGAUGACAUACAGAGGUUUCUUGAAGUUUCUCCUCAUUAUAACUAUUCAGAGACUCUAAAAUUUGAUACACAAAAAGGUUUCUGGUGUCAGCUAUUGGAAGGAGGAAAAACAAAAUGUCUUGGAUAUAAUAAGGGUCGCAAAUAUCCACCAAUGGAUCCUGAGUCUAGAGCUUUUCUUUCAAGUUAUUAUCGGGACCACAACAUUGAACUAUCCAAACUGCUACACAGACUGGGACAACCCUUACCCUCAUGGCUUAGACAAGAACUACAGAAAGUGAGAUAGCAUUGGAGUCGUGGACUAUUACACUUUUACAGAGUUUUAUUUUCCUAACUAUAAAAAAAAAUAUAUAUAUAUAUUAAAAAAAUCCUAUUCCCGCACACUU